AUGCCCAAAUUUUCUUCUUCUCUCGAUGACCUGAAUUACAAGCCAAAGGCCUCCUCAUCUUCGAUCCCCAAACGGGCGCGAAAACGCGUCAAACCCGAUCAUCCUAUCAAUAACCACUCCGGAAGUCCUGGAAAAUCGGCAGGCAGGUCGCCGGACGCGACGUACGAUGAGAAGAAGGACAUUGUUUACCUGCACUUUGCUGGCAUCCCUCGGAGCAGUUACUAUGCGUGCCUCCUUAACACGCGAUUCAUUCCCUCGUGCGCAGGGAUGGAUCCAAAGGAGCUUGUGCGAAACGGCGGAAGAGAUGAUGUUGAAACGGCCCUACGGAAUGCUGAGAUAUUUGGCAUGCCGCCAGCGAGAAGAGCUACUGAACGAGUAGCGGAGGGUAUGUCCUUGAACUGGUUUCCUUGGCCCCCCGCACGACCACGCGAGGGAUAUUCUGAGCUUGGCCAUAGACCGGGGAGCAGUGGUGAGGGCGACGGGGAUAUAUGGGCCGGCCCUCCUAUACCCUUUCUUGACGACGAUGCUACGGUCGUGGAUUUUUGGUCUUCCCCACACUUAGAGGCGGCGAAUAACGCUGAUCGCGUGCCAUCCCCGACCCCGACACGAAGCAAGAAACCAAGUAUAUCUCAUAAGAAGAAGGUUAUCAGCCAGCCUACCCAGCGAAAGAGGGCGAUCAUUCCCGGUAGUCCUAUUCCUCCAGAGAAGAGUGUGGGAAGUCCAAAACGAAGUUCGGAUCAACCUCAAGUCAACGCGUCGCGGGUCAAGCGCGAUGCAGCCGCAUUCAAUCUAGCCUCAAAGGUGAUUCGGUCAAAGGUAACUAAUGAUCGAUCUCGACGCGACGCGUCCGAGGCAGAGGAUGAUACGCCCAUGUUCGUCCAAGGCUCAUCAUCUAUGCCCUCGUCGACCCCCUUCAGAAAGCCGACACAUCAAGUCGACACGCUCCAGGAAGAUAACGAUACGCCUUUUUUCAUUCCGGGCUCAACAUCUACGUCCCCUUUUGGAGAUUUAGAACGUCCAUCCUCUGACAAAGCGUUUGCUAGUACAGCGUCUCCUCCACGGUUUGAGACCCCUACCGCAGAGAUGGAUGAAUCGGCUUUGUACGACUACCUUUAUGGGUUCGGAGCUCCCAUAGUCAAGCUUCCGCCUGCCCGAUUCAAAGACGAUACUUCCGAAAGCGCACCGACGGUCGUAAAUGAGGAGCCAAUUGUACUCGAAACGCGUUCAAGCCCGGUCCACCUGGACUAUUCCGACUACCUACAUCAAGAUGAACUUCCACCUUCCCAAUCCGCGAGCGACGCCGUUGAGGGCGCGACAGCGGCAGUUAAUGAAGAAGAAGCGGGGUGCGACACGCUUCCAAGCCCAUCUAGCAAUGACUACCUUCAGCCGUCGCAAUACAAUGACGAUGUGCCCUUGAGCGCAACGGCGGUAGUAAACGACGAAGAAGCGCUGCACAAAUCGUCUCCAAGCCCGAUCCACAAUGACUACUCCGACUACCUGCAUUCAGAUGCCCUUCCACCCUCCCACUCUCGUAGCGACGGGUUGAAUGCCCACAUGAAGGACGAUGAUGUCCCAGCGGCCACCCUUCCUAGUGUGCUCAUAAGCCCAGCUCGUAAUAACUAUUCCGAGUAUCUCCAUCCAGACGACGACCUGCCACAUCCUCCCCUUGGAUCACCCGUGACACAUGACACAUUUAGGCAGAAUGAGUCGCAAUUAAUGGACGAACUAUUUGGUGGUCCAUAUCCCUUGUCCGACGAGGAAAUUCACCGUUCGCUUGUGAAUACACCGCCGCCUGCCUAUCAUGGCACGAUCGAUCCUGUUUUGCUGGGGGGCGGUGAAGCCAACGACGAUGCGCCUAUUCUUGAACAAAUUCACUCAGCACCAUCUCAGUUGUCGCUCUCCUGCUCAUCCUCUCGCCCACCCACCCCGCCGCCGCGCAAUUCGACGUCUGACCCCAUUGAUGCACCACAGUCCCAAGAGGCAGACACCGAAAUGGAAGACGCCGCAUCACUAAGGAAAGGCAAUUCUGAAAGUCAUUUACUCCCUACUACCGAGUCAAGUAUUCCCGCAAAGACGCCCUCUUCCUCGCGGACCCACGAUGUGCCGCCUUCUCGCCGGUCCGCACCAAGGACCUCAACUGCCCCUCCGAAAGUAGUUGUUUGGUCCGUCCGUCCGAAAGAUGCCAAAGGUCAAGAACUUCCCUUUCCCCAGCGAGUAGGCCGACAGUUUGAUUUCCCUGCGGCGCCCAUCCAAAGGUUCUGCCAUCAAUGUCGAAAUCGACCGGGCAGACUGAUGAUGAACUGCACAUGCGGGAAGGACUUUUGCAUGCGAUGUGUCAUGAUGAGGUAUGAUGACCGGAUAUUUCCUUUCGACGCAUCUGCAAAAAACCGACCCUGCCCCAUGUGCAUGGAUAUCUGCAAUUGCACGCAGUGCUGUCUUCGGCGGAAAGAGGUCUACGUAAGUUCAGUAGGUGCAUGCGUUAAAAUUGUCGGCGAACCGGACAAUUUGGUCCUGCCUCCGCCGAAAUUGAAGUCGAGGCACAAACCCUCUUUGAAGCGGAGGGCAUCAAGGUCGGUUAGUCCACCACCCGAUCGACCUCAUCGCGUACACAAACGACCCACGAAGUAUCGAUCUCCCUUGCCUGUUCCCGAUUUCCCUGCUCCUGUAUAUCAACCAAUGCCUCUCCCUGCCGGCCCUCUGGCGUAUUGGGCGACUAUCUAUGGGAUGUCCGGACAGAAACUGGCUACUGCGUUCACGGGAGGUGAUGCCGCUGAAGUUGUCAUCGUCAAACCAAUACAACCCCCAACCACUAUGGUUGCAGAUCAGCCUGCGCCCCACUCAACAGUCCCUCGCCGAUUCGUGGGUAAAGUUCAACCGUCGUGGGGAUAUGGACCAGAUCCAUAUGUUACGGAUGUGGAGUCAGACUCACUUCAAGGAACAAGAGUGAGGAGGAAAGGAAAGGAACGACAGCGGAAGCCACCGUAUGCGCGUCGAUUUAUCGGCGACCCGUCCCUGUUGUACGCCAAAUUCAAGGAGGACACGUCAGAAACCCCCCCUCUGUCCAAGGAUUCCAGCGAUGAUAUAUUGGGCCUGAGGGACAGCUCCCCUUUGACGCCAGUCCCUAGCACGCCAGGAUCAGAUGUCGAGUGGGUGUCAUGGGAGAUGCCUAAGCUAUCACCGGCAGCGGCGGCGACGGAGGCUCCCAAGCGUUCCGUGAGUCUGGAGGACAACGACGUGGCUAGAGCCAUCAUGUUGGCACUUUCCUCCACCGCCCCUUGGCCGGCACCAGUCGCACAAUCGUAG